AGCCCUGCAUUAAGACGUAGAAGAUUUUAUUAAGUCUGCAUUAAAUAGGAACAGAGCUUGUGGUAAAAAACAACCUUGCAAUUCUCCAGUAAAUAAUCUUGUAUAUGAUUAUGAUGGGUGGUUUCAGAUAUAGAAAAAGAUAAGCACAGAUUACUGACCUUUUUAAAGUUAAAGGUAUAUAAACAUUUUGGACAAUUUCACAAAAUCCAAUAAAGUUACAUAUAAACCAAUACAAACAAUAAUAGCAUCACAAUGUGAAACACUUAAGCAUGAAAUGAUUCCUUAUGACUUGAUCCUCAGACGUUCCUUACAGAUAGUUUUAUUCCUAAGCUCAAGAUGUAAGGCAUCAUUUGCCUUUAAAAAUAAUUGGGGAUGUUCAUUUAUUCUUUCUCUCAUGGCUAAAGCUCAUUUAUUUAGUGAGUCUAGGAAUUCUUGUAAGCGGUAUCUUGGCCUGCUUGACCGACAGUCUCAGGAUUCUCAGUAUAGGAGGCAAAAGGGAAAAGACUGAAGAAUCUGAUCUAUUGGUGCAAAUGUUUGACUUAGUGCUUUGAUUCGGGAUAUUGCUAACUUUCUUGGCUUGGUAUUCUACUCUCCAAUAUUGACAAGACCGUUAGGUCUUGAAAGAUUUCUGUAAGUCUGCAAUAAGUCAUGUCUUAGGGACAGAGUAAAAGAACAAGUGGUACCCAAAGUUUCUGUAUCCAAAGUAACCUGUGAAAUGAGAUCUUCUGAUAUUUGACUGGUCCCUCAGGAUGGAGUCAUAUGUUGUUAAGAUGCGUUAGGAAUGCCACGUCCCUCAGAGGGCAACUAUCCAUAUUCCAAACUCUGAGCUGUUUCCUUUUUAAAACCAUAUAGAAAAUUGGCUGUUUGUGUUGAGUGUUAAAUAGUUCAGAAAGUGUGGACUUCAUUUGUUGAGCUCCUCUGUAAUUGCUUUCAGUUUUUCUUCUGCUGCCAACCUGUGACUCACAAACGACUGGCAUCUCUGUUCUUUCAUUUCAGGGACUGUUCCAGGACUCAAAUCAGUAACUUGAUUAUUACAAGGUGCUGAAUAUGUUGGUAACCAUAUUGCAAUACACCUCAAGGAGAGGGUUCAGAUUUUUAUUUUUAAAAUAUUUUCAGUUUCUUCUCUUGAAUUUUAUAUCCAUUUUUCCACUCAGACAUGCCUGGCCUACAGAAGGGGAUAUAUAUUAUGAAAUGGCCAUUUUUCUGUAGAGAUAUUUUGCUUGAAAUGCAAAAGACUGAAAGAGAUUUGUAGGUUGUUGAUUUUGUUACUUCACACGGGAACUUUUAAGAAGUCUUCAUCAAAUAAAAUUUUGUUUUCUACUUUUAAUAAUGUGUAUGUUUUGAACCUUUGUUUUAGGUAGAGAGUACUCAUGAAUUCUGUUUGAAGUACCUAACAAUCCUGCCUAAGUAGUGUGUUAUAAGAAACCAUCUCACAUCUGACUUUUAUAAUCAGUGAAACUAUAUGCAUUAUGAUGACUAUAAUUUUAGAUUUCUGUAAGACUAUAAUAAGAAGCAGAAAUUAAUUCUUAUGUUAGCUUGAACCAAAUGAAGUUGUCCUUGUAGGUCAAACAUGGUUUGAGUAUCAGCAAUUUCGUUGAGUUCAACCACAUAGUUCAGUGAAGAAGGUAGGAAGAGACAAGAGGAAAGGAGGUAAAUGCAGGAUUAAAAAUAAAGAAUACAUGAGACCUAGGAAAGGAGAGAAAGUUUAUGCAGACUAGUUAUUGGCCAUAAACAAUUUUUAUAAGCCUUGAUACAGAUGGCCAUUUAAUAACUGGGCUUAAAGUUUGGCAGUUAUUAAGAGCACACUGAAGUUUACAGAGACUAAUUUCCCAGAAACUAACAAGUUACUGCACACUUAUCUUUCAAGAUUAGUAACAUUCCUGUCAUGUUUAAUUUCUUAGCUCUUCUUAGGAGUCUCUAUAGAAGCACUGAAGGUUCAAAUACUGGUUCUGAACUUACUAGCUGUAUCACUUUGUGCAAGUGAACAUUAAUUUUUCUGCACUAAUUUCCUCAUUGGUAAAAUGGGGAUAAUAGUAUCUAUUUUAUAAUUUGUUUUGAAGAGUAAGUUAAUGCAUGUCAAGCGUUUAGAACAGUGCUUUGUAGAUAGGAGCUACUACUUAAAUGCUUAUUACUCCCAAAGAUAUGUAUUUUACUGUUCAGAAUCUUGAUAGAGCCUUUUAAACAGCAUCCAAAGGAACCAAUUCCUUGUAAAUCACAGAUAAACUCCUUAGUUGCUGUUCCUUCAAAGCAGUGUUUUGUAUUCAAGAAACGUUGCACUGGUUUUAAAAUGCACUUAUAGUACUCAAAUGUCCACACUGACUCUUUGUUUUAUCCAGUUCUAAGGUUGUAAAAAAUGUUCAUUUAAGACAGGUCCUGAAACUGACCUUUUGCCCAUUACUGUGUUCCAUCAUUAGCCAGGCUGGUCCAACAGCUAUUAACACUUCCCAACAUGCCUUCUAGACCCUGGAGGAGCUCAGACACGGUGUUCUAGGAUCCAUCACAUUCUGAACCUUAAUUUUACCCAUAGUGUUUUCUCCCUCAGUCACAAAGUAAUUUGAGCACCAUCCUGAUUUAGGUGUUUCAUGUCAAAUCACGCUUCUCAGAGUAACCCAGAGGUGAUGGCAUCUCCACUUCAUUCAUGGACUCUCACUGGUGAACGAACUUGCUUAGAAUCAUAGGGUAUCUUAGUUUGCUAGGGCUACUGUGACAAAAUACCACAGACUGGGGGCUUCAACAAUGGAAGUUGAUUUUCUCACAGUUCUGCAAGCUAGACGUCCAAGAUCAAGGUGUGACAGGUUUGGUUUCUCCUUUUCUCACAUACAGCUGCCUUUUCACUGUGUCCUCCUCACAUGGUCUGUCGUCUGUGUAUGCAUCCCUGGUGUCAGUUCAAAUUUCCUCUUACUAGGACAAGUCUCGAUUCACCCUCAAGGCUUUCACUUAAUCACCUUUUAAAAGGCUUUAUCUCCAAAUACAGUCACAUUCUAAGGUAUUGGGGAUUAAACAUUAAUUUUGGAGGGGCACACAAUUCAACCUAUUAACACAGGUUUAUUGUAUGGCUUCGAUGGGAUCUUGGCUGGCUGCCUCUCCAGGAAACCCUUGUUAAGCAAGGGGCAGGAGAGCUUUAGACUGGAGACUCAAAGAGGUCAUUUAAGCAGUAUUUAUGGAAUCCUUGCCCAGUGCCAGGAGUGGGGGAUAUAAUAGUCAACAAAACAGUUCUGGGCUCCAGUAAGUUUACAGUCUACCACAGGGGAUGGGGAUGAGGGAGACAAAAAUCGAACAUCGUACUCAUCUCCAUAAAAUACAACUAAGAAUGUCUGGAGGAAAUACAAAAAAGCACUUUGUCAGAUUUAUCCCUGCCUGAUAAGACUAUUGGAUAGCGACUGGGUCAACUAACUAAACAUGGCUAUUGUGAACCAUCUGUUUGGGCACAGAAAUGGUUUUGCUAAAGACCAGUUUUUGAUAUAGCUUUGUCAUAAAGCUAUAUGUGAAUAAAGGGCUUCUUUAACACAGCUACUCUCUCACUUAACCUUUUCAGUGAGUUUGACUUUGGUUUCAAUAGUUCAAAUUUUUAUCAGUAUGUACAGUUACACUCAUUUAUAAAUUUACUAGUGGUUAAUACUUUGCACAAAUCCUCUGAUCCUAGCUAAAAUAAUCUGACGAUUGGUUUUAGGCCCAGUUUACAGAUGAAGAAACGUUAAGUUCUGUGCAAAAAUGUUACGUGAGCAAUGCUAAACACUGGAACGCGGACUGGAGCUGAGGUCUUGGCCUGUCUGGUUUCUUGUCAUUUCAGACCUACAAGCGGUGGAAUCCUAAACUUGAGAUGCCUAAGAAAAGCGAACCUCUGUUUCAAGGCUUUAACUUUUGCUCCUUUGUAGUUACUACAAGCUGUCAAAUAGCGUACUUACUAAUUUAAAAACACCAACACAACGCCUGCCUUUUGGUUGUUUUACGUGUAAAACAAUAUUGACGGUUUUCACAACUGGCGGCCAGCGGGAUGAAAACGAUAUUCAAUCAACGCGUGGAAUAUUGUCUCUUCCGCAAGUCCACGCCGCGUAUCGCUUUAACGUUAACACGCGACAAAAAUGCCAGCGUGGAUGAAGCACGAAACUAUCACACAAGCACGACGCUGAACCGCCCCCCCCACUUCCGCGAUGCAUCGGCGCAGCCAAUAGACGUCACGCGGGGAGGCGAGACUUCCGCCUUGCGCGACGUAUUAGACAGAAGCCGGGAGGCCUCUUUUCUCUUGGGCGCCUACUCGGGCCGGUUGGCUGGGUGGGCGGGUGUCUCCUUGCUGUUUGUCGCCCCUGCGCUGUCCCCUCAUCCCGGUCUUGGCGUUAAGAGGGCAAACGUUCGGGCCAAAGCGCUGGGCGAGACGAGGGGCAAGUCCUCCCCGCUGCCGGCCAUUCGCUGUCCUUUCUUCCGGGAGGCAGGCAGCCGCUGGAAGUGCCCGUCUCGCUGGCUGCUGCUUUCCCUGGACGACCGCGAGCUCUUCGUUAUUUUCCGUCUUUCCGGUGCGGGAGCAGGGGACGCUCUUCCCGCGCUCCGGGUACCCGCCUCAUGGGUGUGCAGGGGCUCUGGAAGCUGCUGGAGUGCUCCGGGCGGCCGGUCAGCCCGGAGGCGCUGGAGGGGAAGGUCCUCGCCGUGGAUAUUAGCAUUUGGUUAAACCAAGCCCUUAAAGGAGUCCGGGAUCGCCAUGGGAACUCAAUAGAAAAUGCUCAUCUUCUCACCUUGUUUCAUCGGCUCUGCAAACUCUUAUUUUUUCGAAUUCGUCCUAUAUUUGUGUUUGAUGGGGAUUCCCCACUACUGAAAAAACAGACUUUGGCUAAGAGAAGGCAGAGAAAGGAUUUGGCAACCAGUGACUCCAACAGAACUACAGAGAAGCUUUUGAAAACAUUUUUGAAAAGACAAGCUAUCAAAACUGCCUUAAAAAGCAAAAGGGAUGAGGCACUACCCAGUCUUACUCAAGUUCGAAGAGAAAAUGAUAUCUAUGUUUUGCCUCCUUUACAAAAGGAAGAAAAGAACAGUUCAGAAGAGGAAGAUGAAAAAGAAUGGCAAGAAAGAAUGAAUCAAAAGCAAGCACUACAGGAAGAGUUCUUUCAUAAUCCUCAUGCGAUAGAUAUUGAGUCUGAAGACUUUGGCAGCCUGCCCCUCGAAAUAAAGCAUGAAAUUUUGACGGAUAUGAAAGAAUUUACCAAGCGAAGAAGAACAUUAUUUGAAGCAAUGCCAGAGGAGUCCAAUGACUUUUCUCAGUACCAGCUCAAAGGCUUGCUUAAAAAAAACUAUCUAAACCAACACAUAGAGAACAUCCAAAAGGAAAUGAAUCAGCAACAUUCAGGACAAAUCCAAAGGCAAUAUGAAGAUGAAGGGGGCUUUCUGAAGGAGGUAGAGUCGAGGAGAGUGGUCUCUGAAGACACUUCACAUUACAUCUUGAUAAAAGGUAUUCAAGCUAAGAACGUUUCAGAAGUGGAUGCAGAGUCUCUUCCUUCUUCCAGUGAAACACAUCACAAGUCUUUGGACACGAAGUCCUAUCCAUGUGAAAAACUGAAGCCGGAGGCAGAGCCUGGUGCUGCGCCUCCUUCCCCAAGAACACUGCUGGCUGUGCAAGCUGCCCUGCUGGGAAGCAGCUCGGAGGAGGAGCUGGACGCUGAGAAUCCGCAGCGGUCUGAUGUGAGGAACAGAUCUGCUACCAAAGAUGAGGGCGCGGUCUCCCCACUCACUCUCUUAGCAAUUCAGAAAGCUCUCGAUGAUGAUGAUGACGAUGUGACAGUGCAUGCCGGGAAGGGCCUGCAGAGGGGAGGGUCAGGAGCCCAGACGCCCCAUGUGAGCAGUUCUGAUGGGGAAACUGAUGAAAGACUUGCAGUGACAGAUGGAAAAGGAAUGCAGUCGAUGACGGGGCCCCACUCGGGCAGCGGGAGCUUUGUCGAGGAGCGUGUGACCAGCGCUAACAAUGACGCAGAGCUGGCACGCUCAGCUCGUUUGUCAGGUACUGUCUUUUGUCAAGGCAGUGAAUCUAGUGUUCCAGAAGAACAAGUGUCACCUGUUCACAUGGCCUGUGAAGCCUCUCAGGCAAGUGAGGAGUCUACGGUUAAGGACAGAAAAGAGCCGGUUCCUUCGGGAGGCCCAGUGGUGAUGCCCAGCAGGGCACCUGGGCUCCAGAGUGGGAGGGGACUGACUGCAGCACCUCCUCCAAGUCCACGCUGUCUGUCAAGGGAUGACACAUAUACCAAAGCACUUGAGCUACAAGAUCCUUGUCCCUACGAGAGUAAAUAUGAUUCCUCUGUUAUUGCAAGUGAUGGUGAAACAGAACGUGAAACAAAUUCUGCUUCUGAAGUCAUAAGCACUGUCAGUUUGCAAGAAACUAGUAAUAGGCCAAGUGUCCCUUCAGAGACAAUAAGUAACUUAGAAAAUGCAGUAUCAUUUCAUGCUAUAGAGCAUGAGAAUUGCCUAAAAACCAUCCAAGAACAUGAGAUGUUGGGAUCUGCAGGCCAGGAUUUAAUUUCAACUCCCGAGUCCAUGGAGCCAGUGGAAAUUCACUCUGAAGAAAGUGAAUCUGAUGGAAGUUUCAUUGAAGUGCAGAGUGUAAUCAGUGAUGGUGAACUUGAAGCUGAGUUGCAUGAAGCUUCCCAACCUCCUCCUGGACAAGAUGAAGAGGAACUAAUAGGAACUAAGAAGCAAGAAGCCUCCAGUGACUCUGAUGGGCUCCUAAGAGACAACUCUGAGACAGAGGCCUUGGGGACUGAGCCACAUGAAGAAGCUGAAAAAGAUGCAGAUGAUUCACCCAGUGAAUGGCAAGAUAUUAAUUUGGAGGAGCUAGAAACUCUGGAGAACAGCCUCUCAGCCCAGCAGGACUCGUUGAAAGCUCAGAAACAGCAGCAAGAGCGGAUUGCUGCCACGGUGACGGGACAGAUGUUCCUGGAAAGCCAGGAACUGCUUCGCCUGUUCGGCAUUCCCUACAUCGAGGCUCCCAUGGAAGCAGAGGCUCAGUGCGCCGUCCUGGAUCUGACUGAUCAAACUUCUGGAACAAUCACUGAUGAUAGUGACAUCUGGCUGUUUGGAGCCCGGCACGUCUAUAAAAACUUUUUUAAUAAAAACAAGUUUGUAGAGUACUACCAAUAUGUGGACUUUCACAACCAAUUAGGAUUGGACCGGAACAAAUUAAUAAAUUUGGCCUAUUUGCUUGGAAGUGAUUAUACCGAAGGAAUUCCCACUGUCGGUUGUGUUACAGCCAUGGAAAUUCUCAAUGAAUUCCCGGGACAUGGCCUGGAACCUCUCCUGAAAUUCUCAGAGUGGUGGCACGACGCUCAGAAAGAUAAGAAGAUAAGGCCUAAUCCUUAUGACACCAAGGUGAAAAAAAAAUUACGCAAGUUGCAGCUCACGCCUGGCUUUCCGAAUCCCGCCGUGGCGGACGCUUACCUCAGACCCGCAGUGGACGACUCCAGGGGGUCGUUUCUGUGGGGCAGACCCGAUCUCGACAAAAUCAGGGAAUUUUGUCAGCGGUAUUUUGGCUGGAACAGGGCGAAGACAGAUGAGACUCUGCUUCCAGUAUUAAAGCAACUGGACACCCACCAGACACAACUUCGAAUUGAUUCUUUCUUUAGAUUAGCUCAACAGGAAAAACAAGAUGCCAAGAGUAUUAAGAGCCAGAGACUCAACAGAGCUGUGACAUGUAUGCUGAGGAAAGAACGAGAAGCAGCGUCGGUCGCCCUGGAGAAGGAAGUUGGGCUCCUUGAUAAGGUCAAAGGGGAAACCCGGAAGGGAAGCGUAGCGAAUAAACGGGAGGAGGCGUCAGGCUUGAAGAGAAAAAGGCUCUCAGAUUCUCAAGGAGCGCCUGCACCGGGCGGGUUUGUGGGGGAGGCCCACCUCCCACAGUCAUCGGACGCAUCUCCUGGUGAGGAUGCCGAGUGCUUAUCUUUAAUGAACAUGCCAAGGGGAACGGCCGCUGCUGCAGAGUCAAGAGUCAGCUCUUCAGAUGUGCAGACCCCCGGGAAGCCUGCUCCUGUUGGGGGUCAAGGGGUGACUACGAGCAGUUCUAGCGACGACGAUAGGGAGCAGACGGCACCCGUCCUGGUGACGGCCAGGUCUGUGUUUGGAAGGAAAAGGGGGAAACUGAGAAGUACAAGAAGAAGGAAGCGGAAAACCUAGUUCAGACAAGUAUGUGUCUCUGUAACUGCAUGUGACUCCACAUUUCUUAAUGAAUUUGAUGUGAGGAAAUAAUAAAAUUAAAGGCAUUUGCACAGA